AUGCGUUUUACGUUAAUAUUAUUAUUGGUGGUAUUAGUGAUUCAAGUAGCUGUUGAUGGUCAAGUGGCUAGAAGAACAAGAGCAAGGACGUGAGUGAUGGAAAAAUAAAUUUUUAAUAUUAUUACCGUAACAAUUUUUAAAAAAUAAAGAAGUUUUGAUUUGAGCAAUAAACAAAAUAAAAAAAUCUUAUUAGUUGAAACUUGUAGCUGAAAUUAGAAAAAAAAAUGUUUUAAACAAAGAUCAUGCUUUUAGCAAUGCCUCAAACCGAAAUAUGGCUAACACAGGAGCUAGGGGUACGUUUAGGUUUGUCAUAAAACCAAAUAAUUUUUAGAAAUUCUUUGUUAUUUUAACGAAUUUUUUAAGUAUCAAAUAGACGAUCACUGCCAGGUAUUGCACCUAUACGCCCUCUAAUUGGUGUCAGAGUUAAUAAAAAAAAUCGAAAACAGACUACACCAAAUCCUAAUAUUGCUCUACGUACCAGUUUAACUACACGCUUCCAGUCAGCUACAGCUGCACCAAUUCGUGUGGUACCGCCUAGGAAAACUGCUACCACUAUGAGAGUUUUGUAAGUGAAUAUUUAUAAAUGAUUUUUUACUGAGUUUAAGCAAAAUUUGUUAAGAGUAUGCUUGAAACCUUCCAACGUUUAUAAAAAAUAAACUUUAGGCCAAGCACACCAUCACAACGACGACCAAUACCAAAUUUAGCUCCACCACCACUUCGAGGAUUCAAAGUGUCAACAGCACUGUCAGAUGCACCACCUGCGAUCCGGCCACCACCUGGCGUAGCCAAGAAGCUAAACAUGGCUGAUAUUAACGACUUUAUGCGAUUGGCCAGAUUUAUGUUGCGACGUCGUCGAACUCAACGCAAAAUUCAGCGCCCACCAAAGUUCUAA